GCCAGAUAAUGAGCGUGCCGCGUGGCAGCGCCGAGCGGAGUAAAUUUCGUUUCCCCAGGGCCCUCCUCAUAGAAAAUCUGAAUGGCUCGCAGUGACCGCACAUCAGAAUUUCUAGAUGCAGUGCAGUCUAACAAUUUGGCAGACCAACCCAGAAGCAAACACCCUCAGAAACAACAUGAUCGAGAACGAGAAGAAGCAUCAUUGGGAAAGGAAUACAUUGCGAACGCAUAUACCGUUCUCAACUCUAUCAACAAGUUGACGCGACUGCUUUCUAGCAUUCGCAAACCCUAUCUGAAUAUCGACCAACGUAGUGGGCCGUCGCAUUACCAAGAAACGAUGCGCAUUGACUUUAGCGAGGAUAACUCAUGGGCAAAUAUACGGCAGCUCUCCAAUGAACAGCGCGACCAAAUCGACAUCCAUGCUCGACAAAUCCUCACUCGUUGUUCCGACAAUAUCAAACAAAUGGAAAGCGCGGAAAAGAAGCGUGCAGAACAUGUCUCAAGCCAAGUCAACCGUUUAACACGUCUUCUUCCCGCACGGCUAAGGCAGGACGCGUCUUCUAUAUCUUCGGAUUUCCUAGCAGCACAUCAUUCCAGCAUCACUUGGUAUUUAAGCAGGCGUCUUGCAGAAGUUAGUCAGAAGCAGAAAGAGAUGCAGGAGGAGCGUGUAAAGCGCGAACUGGAGAGGUCGCGGACGCUAGGGUCAGGUGCAGGGUUGGAGGUGUUGAAUAUGACUACGAAUGAUGCGUUCCGGACACAUAACGCCUCGGAACCUCGAGUCUCUGCCUCCAGCAGCUGGUUGGGAGACACAUCAUCAAGUUUAAUUGCUGCAACUAUAGGCGCACCAACCAUAGACGAGACGCACCGUCCUGGUCCUUCAUUUCCUUUACCCGAUACAGCACCUCCUUCCGAUGAUGAAGAUGAUUUCGAGCUAUCAUCAUCACAGAUCCUGCAGUUCGAGACUGAAAAUGCGAAUAUCCUGCGCUCAGUACAGGAAACCCUAGAUUCUGUUCAUCAAGCAGAAUCACGGUUGAUGGAAAUAAGUGCGUUACAGAUGGAGUUAGUAGAACACUUGACGAAGCAGACGGUGUUAACUGAUCAGCUAUACGAAGACGCCAUAGCGUCGACGUCAAUGGUGGAAAAGGGGAAUGCCCAGCUUCGUGAAGCUCGAAGACGGUCAAAGGAUAGCAGAUUUUUCAUUCUCGUGUUUUUCAUCAUUUCGAGUUUGAGCCUACUAUUCUUACAUUAUUACUAG